UUGCAGACCAGCUAUGUUCUGCCAGAGGACAAGAACCAGUGGCAGCUGGAGUUUCUGCAGAAGGGGCAGAUCUACUGCAUCAGUGCCAAGGUGGAGAGUAUCUCCGGAAACACAGCCAGCGCCAACUCUGAGGAGCAGUGCGUUCUGGUUGCAGGGACGCCCUGGGUCCUGAUCCUCAUGGUUUUGGGGUGUUUGGUCGGAGUGCUGGCUUUCUCCUUCCUGCUGUUGUGCUGGUUUCUGCGGCGACCGGCUAUCCUGCCCCGGACACUGAAAUCCCUGGGCAGCAGCUGGCAGCCCCUGAGGGUGGGGGCGGUCGCCGUGGAGACGGUGACUUCCCCCUGGCGCCCCGUCUGGUUCCUGGAGGGCAGGAAGGAGGAGAAGGCGGAGGACGGGAGGCGGGGCAGCGCGGACAGCGGCGUGAGCCUGGGGCAGCGCCCCCCGCAGGCCGGCGGCGGCACUGCGGCCGGGGAGGCGGGGAGGUACGGGGGAGAGGCCGCCCUGGGGCUGGAGGACAGCGGCUGCGGGAGUCUGGGGAGGAGGGACAGCAGGGGCAGCGAAGAGCUCCCCCUGCUGGAGGAGAGGAGCUACGCAGGCGGGCAGCAGAAGGAGGACAGCGGCGUGAGUUUGGGGUCUCGGUACCGGGGGACAGACAGCGUCGGCGACGCGGACGGAGGAGAGGGGUGCACCUUGCAGGAAGUGCUCGUGACUGAUGGCUACCGGAGCCAGAUCCCCGCUUCUCGGGGGGCAGCUGCUGGUGCAGAGGGGGCUGACAGCCCCCUGGGCUACAGGCCCAGCUUUCCGGGCUGCGCGUGCGCGGGCCGGGGGGCGUGCGUCUGGUGCCGCGCCGGAGACGAGCCGGAGGGGAAGAGCGCCCCCCCGCCGGACCCCCUAACGGGGCAGAUCCCCGCUCUAGACUGCAAAGGAGCCGGGCCCCCGGAGGGGCCCUCGCUCGCCUGCUUCCCGGACGGCUACUUCAGGAAGGCCGCCCUCCAGGCCGGCGAGCCGGGGCACCCGAAGGCCCCCCCGCCCCCGCCGGCGGACCUCCUCCUCUCCUUCGAGGCGGCCCCGCUCCUGAUCCCUGCUCCGCGGCUCCCCCUGGUGGACGCGCAGCGGGAGCGCCGGCCCCGCCCCUUCGCCCCCUCGCUGGGCGACGUGGAGCUGGGCGGCACCUGAGACCCGACGCCCGGCGGUGAGACGGACAGCCGGGAAGCUGGGAAGAGACGCCCCAGGCCAGCAGGAGCCUGGGCCCCUCGGGGACGCCAGGAUGAGGACCUGGGGGGCCGGACUGAUCCUGACUGGACAAGCUGGAGCUCAGAGAGGGCAGGAGGAGGAGCAGGACUGGGCAAAUGAAGCUAGCACAGACCUAACGACUGACAGGAAUGCGUGGGGAUUUGUAACUGAAAGGGCUGAUCAGGGGGGGGUGACAGGUAUCCGAAUCGGGGGGGCUCUGGUGGGGAGCAUCUGGCUUUUCAGCCUCCCCACCUGGAAGAGAAAUCCCCGUUCUUUUUCGGUUCCGGGUCCCUCCAGAUAUUCCAGAAGUCUUCCUCCUGUGUGUAUUCGUAACGAAUUGGCACUGCUGUGAAUCGACACGUCUCAGCUUGUGCGUUGUCAGCUGAGAAAGGGCCUGCCGACUGUCCAGCACUGACAGGCUGAAAAAGCCAAACCCUUUUUCAAAUCGUGAACAGGGAAGACCCUGAUUCGGGUAUUCAGAAUCCACACAGGCACCGACUCGGUGAAACAGGAGAAAGGAGGCAUACGUGAAAACGUCUUUGAAGGGCAUUUAAAACUGAGAACAGGAAGUGCUUUACGCAAAGGGUGGUGGGAGUUGGGAAUAAGCUACCUAGCCAUGUCGUUGAAGCCUGGCUUCCUUCAAUAAACCCGCUGAAUGUGCUCAAUUAGCUAAAUGAGCUACGAUGAUGGAUGAGCCCCAAGAACUUUGGUGUUUACUUUAAUUUGUGAGGAGAGACCUUCUUGUGAAUCUGGUGUUGACAGGGUCUUGCUCACUAGCCUCAGACUGCUGACUUUAUAGCGAAUUCACCACAAAUGCACUCUCUCGUGGGUAGCUCGUGCUGGCUUCAGGUAGGUCAGUAAUGUGGGGGUCACAAAAGCAGUUCUAGGUUUCGCUGGCUAAGAGGGUCUGAUUUCCCCGAACAGACGCUUUUGACCUUUGCAAAUUUUACCGUGGUCAUUAGUCACUUCUGAAAACGCCCCGAAUCCGUGAAAUGAACGGGUUUGUAGAGGUCUGGUUGUUUCACUGUGAUAGCGAAACGGUUCAUUUUCUCCAUUUCCAACGGUAUGCACUUAUAGUACUAGAUGCCCUGCUAUUGUCUUUUCCUUGGUAUCAACUUGAAAGUAGGGACACAAUAAUCGUCUUAAAAGUAUGUACUGAGCGACUGCAAAAAAAAAAGGGAGUAGCAGGACAGCAGAUUUACAAUUGGAGAUAUAUAAAUUGGCAUUUGGUAGUGGGGAGGCGGAGUCUAUACCAGCAGGCAGCGGGUGCAAGGCAGGAUACACCCUGGAUAGGACGCCAGUCCAUCACAGGGCGGACAGACGCAAACACACACACACAC